AGGGGAGUCUACUGUGAGGUACAGCACAGCAACACAGGCACAGAACAGCUAGUGUCAAAGCACCUCACCUUAUUCCCGUGGCGGUGACUGUGGCGAUGUGGUGGUGGUUGGGGAAUAAGUGCAGUGGAGACCUUGGUGCCUGGCGGCGAGCGGUGACGUGAGACAGCGGUGGUCCAGCUCGCGCACCUCUGGCCUCCCCAUUCUUCCCUCACCUCACACUGCGCCUCGCGGCACGCCUCCACACACUGCUUCCUUUUGUAUCUGCGCACCACCACCAACGCCGCCACUGUCACCACUUUAACCUCGACUCACACGCAGCUUUGCCUACAAAGUGUAAACUACAGCUCGAGUUUCCCGGACGAAUUGAGCACGACCACGACUACCUGUCCGCAGUGCCACCUGUUCACCUGACGGAAAGCAGCUACGGAUAUGGCUGGUCCAGUGAUUUUGUUGGUUGCGUGUAUCAGUCAACUGGCUUUGGCUGAAAAACUCAACACCACUCUUGUCUUAACGCUCACCAACUUCUCCACCCCUGUCCUGGUCCCCGCCGCUGCCACAGUCACCUCCAUAGCAGUUCCACAUAAUAAAAGUGAAGACAAGGCAGACGUGGGUGACAGAGGGGGUGACGGUGACGGGCGGGGGCUUCUGUAUAAAGUUAAACACCUCAAGUCCACCCACGUGGUAAAGGUGGAAGAAACGAUCACCAAGUACUUCACCUGCACCGCCUCCAAGCCGACCUACCUGCCCUACUGCCGCGAGCACCGAGCACUCCCGGCACCCCUGCAUAGGACUGCGGCACCCUUGCAUACCCUGACGGAGGCCACAUCGAAGUCCCUACAGCCAACGGCACCACUUCGGAAGGCAGCAGUACCAAGAUUCCUCGCACGAGUUCAUCACAUACUCACGGAGACCUACACGGAGACGCACAUACACACGCACACGGACUACCGGUCUACCGUAACCCUGAUCUACCGUGGAUGUAUUCCCCAUGACGCCCCGAAGGUCCCUGAGUGUCCUGAUCACUACAAGACGCACACGGGGCCCUUCAGAACAUGCCUUGGCUUCUGUGAGGGGCACUGCCGUGGUUUGUGUGACGGGAACUGCUUCGGAUCGUGCGAGGUGGCUGCGGCGAGGGCGUGCUCCGGUGACUCUUGUUCUAGGGCACAGAGAAUUCCACGGCAGCUGCAGGCCCCUUGUCUAGGCACGUGUUUUGGGCACUGUGAUGGCGUGUGUGACGGUCUGUGUGAUAGUACCUGCGUGGCGGUGCCUGAGUAAUGGUGAUAUUGUUGUUAAAACGUGGAUUUGUAUUAUUCCUGAUGUUCUCGCUAAUGUUGAAAUAAAGAGUAAUACUGAU